AUGUCUGCUGAUAAGAAAAGUGUAAAUUCAGCAGUAUUGGAAAUAAAAGGAUGCCCAUGGUGGGUGAAAACAAGUGAUGUACAUGAUUUUCUAGGUAAAUACGCACGUGUGGGUACUGUUUCCAUAAUUCCAAAAGUAUCAAAUAAAGAUUCCUCUAAAACUGUAUAUUGCAACAUUAAAUCCAAGUACGAACUAAUCAAAAUUGCGAGAAAGGUCGAAAAAUCCCCAGAUCUUGGAGAAGGAGUCGAAGUCGAAAUUUUGGAUUCUUUUCCAUCAUUUGCAAAGAACAAAUCCCCUGUUGCUGAAGCUCUUGAUGGUCAAAGAGCACCGUUCUUGUUUGAAGAUGACAGAGUUCAGAUUCCUUUACAUCCACAAGAUUUCUUAGAAAAUAUCGUACCAUUUUACUUCUCGGGAUCAUUAGAGAAAGAAAAGAAGUCCUUCCUUGAGCUUAAUGCCGACCAAGGUGAGCCAGAAUCUUCAAAUAAUAAAUCAGAAAUCCUUCGUCCACCAUCAACUCCUCUAGAAAUAUUGCCACCACCUUCUAUAACACCUCCAUUACCUCCGCCUGUGCUUCCUCCUCCAAUCGAUUCAAGAAUUUCAGGUCCACCGCCAAUCAUGGCAGCCAGACCUAAUAUGCCACCAGCAUUCGAUCAGAGACUACCUCCUCCAAUAUCUGCUGCACAACGUCCGACUAUUGAACCAAGAAUUGACAUUCGGCCACAAAUUCAACCAAAUAACACCAUUGAAAUACGUCCACGUAAUAUACCAAUCAUACAGACAAUUAAUCGUCCAGGCCCUGAUAAUAAGAAUGAACAAUUAGAUAAGCCAGAUAACAAACCACUCAUUAGAAUACCAAUAGCACGCGAUGUACCUCAACAACCUCAAAAACCACCGAUUUUAAUUCGAGAUUUACCAGCUUCUCAACAAAUUACUCCACAAAUCAGAGAUAUGCCUCAACAAAUGCCACCUCCACUUCCUCCUCCACCGCCACCACCACCUUCUGGCAUGCCAGAAUAUCGCCCACAUCAACCAAUGCCGCCAUACGACCUCAGAGACCCAUAUAUGUCUCGACCACAUCCUCCACCACCACCGCCGCCAUAUGGAAGGGAUCCUUACAUGCGCGGACCACCGCCUCCUUACGAUCCAAGAGAUCCUUAUAUGCGUGGGCCUCCUCCACCUCCAAUGCCUCCAAGAGAUAUGAGAGAUAUGCCGCCAAGGAAUUGGCCGCCACAGGAUAGAAGAAGAUAUUAA